UAGUCUGAAGCACUUGUCAGUACAGUUAGUGUAUAUUGGCUGGCAGAGUGAAACUUGCCGAGUCAGGAUUUGAGACCAGCAUAAGAUAUUUUUGCUGCAGUAAUAGCAAAGGGUUGUAUUUCUUUCUGCCUGCACUCCGUUGAAUGGAUUUCAGCCUGGCUGUGAGACUAGACUAACUGGCUUUUUUCAGAGAGCGAAAGGGAAUGGGGUAAAAAUAAGGAAAUAAAAUACCUCCUGUAUUUGUAUUCAGCUGUCGUGGUUGCUCAUGGUCCCAGUGGAUUGGUGCCUCACACUGUCUGUCUUCUAGGUUCUUUGGAACCCUCCUUCUCUGCCACUUUGUGUUUUAGUUGAUUUUUUUUUUCCAAUUGCACAUCUUCAUUCCUGGAAAAAAUCCAUUCAAAAUUUGAGUUGAAUUUUGUGUCCUCUGAUCGUAAGGCAAGAAGGUAAAAAAGAAGACUGAGCUUGAAGACUGAGGCUGGCUCAAUGUAUCCAGAAUCUACCACUGACUCCCCUGCUCGACUCUCACUAAGACAGACUGGCUCUCCAGGGAUGAUUUACAGUGCUCGGUAUGGGAGUCCCAAACGACAGCUCCAGUUCUACAGAAAUCUUGGGAAAUCGGGGUUGCGAGUGUCCUGCCUUGGCUUAGGAACAUGGGUGACGUUUGGAGGGCAGAUUACAGACGAGAUGGCAGAACAGCUGAUGACUUUAGCAUAUGACAACGGAAUUAACCUGUUUGACACAGCAGAAGUCUAUGCUGCUGGGAAGGCUGAAGUUGUGUUGGGAAAUAUUAUUAAGAAGAAGGGUUGGAGGCGCUCUAGCCUGGUCAUAACAACCAAAAUCUUCUGGGGAGGAAAAGCAGAGACUGAGAGGGGACUCUCCAGAAAACACAUCAUAGAAGGUCUGAAGGCUUCCUUAGAACGGCUGCAGUUAGAGUACGUGGAUGUCGUGUUUGCUAACAGACCAGAUCCCAACACACCCAUGGAAGAGACGGUGAGAGCAAUGACCCAUGUUAUCAACCAGGGAAUGGCCAUGUACUGGGGAACGUCGCGCUGGAGCUCUAUGGAGAUCAUGGAAGCUUACUCAGUGGCACGGCAGUUUAACCUAAUCCCACCGAUUUGUGAGCAAGCCGAGUACCACAUGUUCCAGAGGGAGAAGGUGGAGGUGCAACUCCCUGAGCUCUUUCACAAGAUCGGGGUUGGUGCCAUGACUUGGUCCCCGCUGGCCUGUGGAAUUGUUUCUGGAAAAUAUGAUGGCGGAAUCCCUCCUUACUCUAGAGCAUCGCUGAAGGGAUACCAGUGGCUAAAAGACAAGAUCCUGAGUGAAGAGGGAAGGAGACAGCAAGUAAAGCUGAAGGAGCUGCAAGCCAUUGCAGAGCGCUUGGGAUGCACCCUGCCACAGCUCGCCAUCGCCUGGUGUCUGAGGAACGAAGGAGUCAGCUCCGUUCUGCUAGGCGCUUCCAAUGCAGACCAAUUAAUGGAGAAUAUCGGAGCAAUACAGGUUCUUCCAAAAUUGUCCUCUUCCAUCAUACAUGAGAUUGAUAGUAUUUUGGGCAAUAAACCAUACAGCAAAAAGGACUACAGAUCCUAAGUGUGCCUACUGGCCCCCUGGACUCACUCUCAACUCCUAGCCUUCUGUUUGCUUGCUUAAGCUUUACUGAAGCCAAGUGAAGAGUGUGAUUGGCAUCAAAAGAAUACAACAUGGCAAGAUGUGUUAGAGAAAUUGUUUAAAAUGUUGCUGCAAGAUGACAUAUGCUUAUUAUGUAACAUUUAUUUUGAAUGCAAAAAGAGUCACAGAUUGGGAAGGGUAUAUCAGAGCUGUGGUUUUACCCUCGAUGAUUGGCCUCUGUGCUUCCUUUUUUAAAAGAAGAAACUACUUUUUUCACAAACACACACAGAAUAUCACUGCUUUUUGUUAAUUCCAGCUCCUAUACAGUGUGCUUGACUAUUCAGAUCUGACACAUAUACCAUUUAACUGGAAGAAUUAGAGUCUCCGUUUCAAAAGCAAUGCUGGCUUUACAAGGAUCUGGCUAAUGUGAGUGUGGAGGACUGUCUGUGGUAACAUCUAGGCUGUUUCAAGAAACGGCUGUUUCGAGAGUACUGCUUGCUUCUCCUAACUGGUUCUGUUCUUUAGUUCACUCUGUAUUUGUUUCUGUUGGAGAAGAUUGUAUUUUUUGAAGUAUUCAAAGUGAAUCAGCCAAGUUCUUGGCAAGCAGCUGUAAGAGUUCAUGCUCCACGAUUCAGUAGGCUUCCCAAGGCCCGCACUGGGGUUGGGGGUGUUUGUCACGAUGCUUUUUUUUAUUUUUCUGGUGCCUCAUGUUGACCUUCCGAGGUGGCGUUGCUAAUCACACAAGGCCUGAGCCCGCUCAGUUCCAGUCAGGGGGCUUUUUCUCUCUAUGAACAGGCUAUGUCCUCAGCCCAAGCGCCUGUUGGCCUCAGUGGGCUUCCUGGCGUUUUGCUGAGGACAGAGUGCAGGAUGCAGUUUGUGGCUUUGAAGAGAAAUGGCGUGUUGGCGUUGAAGGCAUUCCAGUAAGAAUCCCUCACCGUGCUAGUGCUUUUCUCUCUAGCAGGCAGUGUUAUUUUAACGUGAACAUCUUGCAGGUUUCAGUAUUUCCUCUGUAAUUCACUCAGGUCUAGGUUCUCAUUGUAAACUUCAGAUUAGUUGUAAAUGUUUAGUAUAAAUAUUGUACAUGUGAAACAGUGUAACUGCUUAGUAUGAAAGAGAGCAGAGACCUUCAAUUAAUCUGUCCAGGAAACAUUCAGCUUUAAUUUUAGAUGCUUGAUUUCCUUAACACCCAGAAUCUGAGAGAUUUCGUAAGCAACCUCUCGACCUGCCUGAGCCUGUCAUUGCUUUAAAAGGAGCAGGGCAGACAGGGAUUUAGUUUACGUGUGUGCGGAGGACAAUCAUAGAGAAUUGUUACCAGCUGCACACAAUCAAUGAUGGUAAUGAGCUAUUUAAUCCUAGUACCAAGAGGACGUUGGACUAAGGAGUUCAAACCACCAGAUUUGUGGCUGUGUCAGGUCUGUGGCUGGGUGCUGCUCAGUAAUGUGGAUACUGCACACUGGACUGAACAGCUGUAGUGCAUAUUUUUGAGAAUCUUUUGCCUUUGCAAACAAAAAAAAUAUUUUUGAUAUAUUACAAAAUCAUUAUUCUUGUUUCAGAUGCCUGACUUGGGUAGGCCGCCACCUAAUAUGGUACCAACUUUCUCUUAAAAUUUCAGACUGCAUUUGUAGGUACUUGCUUCACUGAUGACAUAUAUGCAGAGCUAUCACUGAGGGAAAUACUCAUUUGAGCAGCAGAUAGCUUGGUCUCGCUUGCCAGAUGAAUUACUUUGGUAGACUGCUAGCUUCCCCGGUUCCUUUAAAGAUUAAGCUCAUCUUAAAAAGGAGGAGACUUUUUCAAGAAUUUAGACUAAUUGUUACAAUGUUGUGGAACCACUGAAUCCUCAACUUAAUAUAACAGUCAACAAAUACAUACUCAUUUCCUGUCCUAAACUCAUAGGUAACAUUGCUGGUGUUGUUAAACAGAUGCCACUUUCCACCCCAGAGGUGGCUGGCUGCAUUUCAUUGUUGGGUAUAUGGAUCCCUUUGGGAUGCUUCAGAAAAUCAGAUGCUAUAGGAUAAGCCAUUUCACACUAGGGGGUCUGAGAUGUAAAAGCCACAGAAGUUUGCAUUACUGUAGUAAUCGCAUACUUCAAUUUUUGGUAUAACGUUGGCAGUAUUUUCUCAUAACUAUUGCAUCGAUAACAAGGGGAUAGCUCCUGGGAGCUUAGAACAGAAUCUUAUCUGUAGUCUACCAUGUGGUUAGGUUUCUGCUAACCUUAGGGUGCAGAAUUACUCCAGCACUUAUCUAAUAUGGAGUGUCCACAGAGAAGGCAGAGUAAUCCUUAUGAACUAUGAUAAAGCAACAAUGGUGAGGAAUCAUUGUUCCCUGGCAGGGGUUAACAUUUUCCAGGACUCUGACUGCAUUUAUUUAGGUUUUACAAAUAUUAGUGCUGCUUUUCCGUUUUUUUCUCUUUCCAGAGGCAGCUGUUCCAAGCACAGAGCACUCCCCAGGCAGCACUUUGGGAGCUGAGAACUUGCUCUGAAAAUGCCCUUGCCUCUGUUUGGCGUUUGUGCAGAGAUUGUGUGUGUGUGUACGUGGGUCACACAAACCUCUCUAGCACAGCAGGAUCAGAGCACUGACCUAACCCACAAAAAAAUCACGCACAUCUAGUAGCAGGGCUUGAUCUGGUUCCAUUAAGGCAUUUUAAAACAGCCCUUAGCUGUGUCCUCCCAACACAGGAUGGAUGAGAGCCUGUCUCAAUGCUGCCUGUUCAUUGUGCUUGGCUGUGCAGCCAGGCAGGCGGCCACGGCACCAUCCUGCUAAAGUUCCAGCCUGGCCUUCUCACUCCAGCUCUGCAGGCUGGCGCGGAGGGGCUGG